AUGGUCAACUGGCUCUAUCAGAUGAUCUUAAAACCAAGGUUUCUUCACGCGGUGGUUGUCUGGUGGUCUAGGACUCAACUGAUAACGGUUAAAGAGAAACUAGGCCAACUGCAAGCAAUGAUUUUCAGGGGUAUUACGGGGGCAAUGAGGACCACGCCAACAGCUGCGUUGGGAUUCAUGCUUGCCGAGGUACCUCUGCAUAUUGCCGCGGUGAAAAAGGCGGCUCUUACUAUGAGCAGGUUAACUGCGCAGGGAAGGUGGAAGGUUGGUGGUAUACACACCAAGCUUCCACGCUCAAUUCUAUCAAUACCAGAAUUAAAAUGGACUGGAAGAAAGGUUUUCCACUUGGGGACGAAGUCUGGUAUACAGACGGCUCCAAGAUGGGACUGCGGUGCAGGCUUCGGAAUUUAUCGGAAAACUGGCUGCAUUAAAGUGGCUGAGUCUUUAGGACAACAUGCCACGGUCUGGCAGGCGGAGGUCUGUACGAUUUUAACUUGCGCCCAAAUAUCCAUUCGAAAUGGAACAAAGGGCAAGAGGAUUAGUAUUUGUGUGGAUAGUCAAGCGGCCUUAGGGGCUCUGAAAAAUCCCACAAUAGAAUCAAAACUCGUCUGGGAAUGCCGCAGCGUACUAGAUGAGUUGAGUUCAGCAAAUAGACUUUCAUUGAUUUGGGUACCGGGUCACUCGGGAAUCAAGGGUAAUGAAAGAGUAGACGUCUUGGCGAAAACCGGUUCCGAGACGAAAUUUAUAGGUCCUGAACCAGCAGUGGCAAUAAUGCCAUGCUUGGUUAAGGGAGCUAUAGAAAGAUGGGGUGAAAAGGAACAUGAGAAGUAUUGGGCGAACGUUGGGGUGGGAAGGCAAGCGAAAACUCUGUUGGGGUUAGCACUCAACAAGAAGCGAGCGAGCGAUCUCCUAAAACUCGAUAAGAUCAGAGUUAGAACCGUAGUUCGUCUACUUACGGGUCAUGGACUAUUGAACUACAGUACCGUCCGAAAUUCUAUUGAAAAUAUUUUUAUGUUGUUCGACUCAAACCACGAGAAGGAAAUGUAUUGUGAGUAA